CGCCCUUUCAAAUUAUCUAAACUGUCUACUAAUUCAGUAUAAUCUAUGUUCAAUUCAAAACAACAAUCGCAACCAACAUCUAUCGCGGUUUUAUAGCGGUUGAAGUUUUUAUUAAUAAAAUAAUAUUGAAUCGAAAUGUAUUAAACAAGUAAGUUUAAUUAUAAAAUAAGUGUAAAAACUCAUCAUGGAGAAAGUAAACUGGAGUUUACUUGCGAUAUCACUUUGUGUUUUGCUGUGGGGUGUGGCCGGCCAGUAUGAAUGGCAAAUUCGUGAUGCUUUUGACGAAAUUAGAGGCAAAAUUGACAAGGUCUCAGCUGAUAAUUGCUUUAUCACUCACCUAGAUGAUUUGUAUUUGCCAGAAGAUUCAGUUUCCCAUCAUCCUGAUGUGAAAGAGAUCAACAUAAACCCAGUGUUUCCGAAUCGUACAGCGAUGUUGCAUUUACACAACAUGGCUAUGAACCGAGCGUUUUUCUGGAGUUAUAUUUUACAGUCUCGGUUUAUUAGGCCGGCUAUCAACGAUACUUACGACCCUGGAAUGAUGUAUUAUUUCCUGUCGUCGGUGGCCGACGUAUCUGCGAACCCGUACAUUAACGCCAGUUCGAUAUAUUUCUCACCAAAUAUGUCUUAUACAUCUUCGUACAGAGGAUUCUUCAAUAAAACUAUGCCUAGAUUUGCACCUAGGGCAUUUAGGGCUGAUGAUUUCAAUGACCCUGUACAUUUGCAAAAGAUAUCUACAAUGAAUACAUUCCAUGUUGAGGAUCUUGGUGCAUUUGACCCAGAGAGUUUGUCUAAGGAUUAUACUUCAGAGUUCUAUAGAAUCAAUGAAUGGUACAAGAAAUGGCUACCUGAUAGAGUUUCUAAGCGCCAUGACACGAAGACUACAUACCAAGUGGAGAUCAGAUAUGCCAACAAUACAAAUGAGACAUUUACUUUCCACGGACCACCAGGCAAUGAUGAGAACCCUGGCCCAGUAAACUGGACUCGCCCAUACUUUGACUGCGGUAGACUGAACAAAUGGCUGGUUGCAGCUGUGUCUCCCGUAGCCGACAUCUACCCUCGCCAUACACAAUUUAGGCAUAUCGAGUAUCCUACGUACACUGCAGCUGUUGUGAUGGAGUUAGACUAUGACAGGAUAGAUAUAAAUCAGUGUCCACCGAGUUUAGGUAAUGAUCGACCGAAUAGAUUUGCGUCAACUGCAAGGUGCAAAGAAACUACUGAGUGUGAACCACUACAUGGAUGGGGUUUCCGUCGUGGUGGGUACCAGUGUCGCUGCGCCCCAGGCUACCGGCUGCCAAGUAUCGUACGGCGUCCUUACCUCGGAGAAAUCAUUGAGAGAGCUACGUCUGACCAAUACUAUAAUAACUUUGACUGCAAGAAGAUUGGAUGGGUCCAACGUUUGCCAGUACAAUGGGAACGAGCUCAUCCGUUCCUCCGCGCCAUGUAUAUGGACCGCCACUACGAGUAUGUCAACGCAUCUAGCGGCCCAGCUGCGCUACAUACCGAGCGAGUCAACGUCUAUGAAGUGCUUAACUUCAUUAGAGGAGUUCAGCCUAAUAAUUGUUCCAAAUACAAUCCCUCGGAUUUAUUUCUCAAUGGAGAUAUUGCAUUUGGUCAUGAAGAGCAGUUCGAAAACCAAGCCAAGAUGGCUGUGCGUCUGGCUAACUUCAUUAGUGCCUUUUUACAAGUGUCCGAUCCUCAAGAGGUGUUCAGCGGUAACCGAGUCGCUGAUAAGCCACUGACUGAAGAUCAAAUGACAGGAGAGACACUUGCCAUUGUACUUGGAGACUCGAAGAUAUGGUCGGCUGGUACCUACUGGGACAGAAAUAAGUUCACAAACAGAACUUUCUUCGCGCCUUUCGCGUACAAGACUGAGUUGAACACUAGGAAGUUCAAAUUGGAAGAUCUGGCGCGAUUGAACAAAACUGAGGAAGCUUACACUAACAAGCCAUGGUUCCAAUUCUUGAAGCAACGUUGGUCAACGAACUUCGACAGCCUUGAGCAGUUCUUCCUUAAAAUGAAGAUCAGAGAUGAUGAGCUUGGGAAGUACUUGAAGAAGUAUGAAAGAUUCCCUACCUACUACCGGGCAGCCAAUCUGAAACAUGGCCAUUGGACGAGGCCGUACUAUGACUGCGAUGGUCAUGUUAAGCAAUGGGUCAUAACUUACGCUGCACCAUUCUUUGGAUGGGAUAGCGUCAAAGUCAAGCUGGAGUUCAAAGGUGUUGUAGCAGUAACAAUGGCACUGAUGUCUCUAGAUAUUAACCAGUGUCCGGACAAGUACUACGUGCCAAAUGCUUUUAAAGGCACAGACAAGUGCGACAGAAGCUCAUCUUAUUGUGUACCAAUCUUAGGCCGUGGUUUCGAAGCUGGUGGCUACAAAUGCGAGUGUCUCCAAGGCUACGAGUACCCAUUCGAAGAUCCAAUCACUUACUACGAUGGACAGAUCGUUGAAGCCGAGUUCCAGAACAUUAUUGCUGAUAAGGAGACGAGAAUCGACAUGUUUAAGUGCAGGUUAGCUGGCGCGGCGUCGAUACAGAGCAGUCUAUUUGUUACAUUGACUGUCUUAUUCCUUGUUUUCAAACUGAGAUAAGUAUUUAAUAUAACACUGGCAGGUCAACCUACCCCAACAAGUUAGUCGAUUUUUAACUUUAUUUGCAUACGUGGAAAGUCCAUUUUCUAUGAAAGAAAGACUACAGAAUGGGUAGGUUUAUGAGCUGGUAUCUGUACGAUUGUAUUUGCGGAAAAAUAUAUAACAUGAUUUUAUUAAUAAAAUACAUAUCUAAUCCAAAUGAUCAUAGGAAAGUGUAACGUAAAGUGAAGUAUUAAAGUUGUUUUUCCUUAUUUGUUAUGAAAAAUAAGGAGUAGGAAGAAUCUUUAUAUAUUUUUUUUAGUUUUGCAGCUUAUUAAAUCUAUCUUACAACUAGAAUACAAAUCAGUCAGUUAGUCUUCUAAUUUUCUGCCAUCAUUCGUCCUUAGGUCAAAGGAAUGAUGAAUAUUUUUAUAUUUGCGAUUAUAUAUGUAGCAUAUCUACAUCACUAUUAAUA